GGUAACAUUAUUUGUAAAAAUUACUGGCAAAGGCGCGUGAAAAUAUUCGUGUUCUGGAAAAUUGGCGGAUUUAAAGAGCUACUACCGCUGAUACAGCCACAAAGAUACUUGAAGGAGCCGGAAUAGUGUCGUUUCCGGAAAGCGAGUAAUAUUGCGCCGGAUCGCAACGCGCGUUACGUUGAAAAAGCCAUCCCAAAGAAAUAGGUCCAAAGAGCCGAAAGAAGCCGUGAAAAUUUGGCGCCUUGGCGUUGUGAAAUUUAUCAGCUUCGCCGCGAUUUUAUAGUGUUGUAGUGCCAAGCGUGUGUUCCCAAGGAUUGUCAUUGAAAAAAAAACAGAAAACAGCAAAAUGCCGAUUUGCAAGCGGGAUGGCUUCGACCUGAAUCAAAAGGAGGGCAAAAACGAAACAUUCCACGACAACGACCAGGUUUUCUGCUGCUACAUCACCAAACGCAUUUUCCGCGACUAUGAAAACUACUUUCGACACGUGAUGGUGAUAAACUCGACGGUGUGGCAGUGUGAGGCCACCGGCAAGGAGAACCUCACAUUCGAGGAGGCGGUGAAAAGCGAACGGGCGGCGCGCAAAAAGAUGGAGCAGUUCAAACACAGCCUCCGGGCACCCGUGCUCCUGGUGGUGGAGCACGCCCGCCAGUCGGCGGUCAACACCCUGAACAUAAUGGUGGCCAAGUUCCUGCGCAAGCGCUACUUCAUCGGCGAGGAGGUGACGGUGCAGGCUAAGAAGAAUACCACCUACACAGUGGUGGGCAUCAAGUUGGACAAGGAUACGCCGGAGCCGGGCAAUGGCAUCUUCGAGGACACCGACAGCCUGGUCUACAGUCUAAGCUCGGGCAAGGGGGAUCCCGCUGCGGUAAUUGAGCUGCCCUUCAAGCAACUGCGCCGCUCGCGCUUGGAGUUCAAUCUGGAAAACCUAAGCAUGUUCAUCAAGAGCAAUGUAUCCCGUGUAGACGGGUUGCUGCUACCCAAACCAGAGGCCUACAAACAGUACGUGACAGACCCCGGCGUGAGUUUCUCCACCAUUUUCAUUGGCAAAAUGCCGCGCUACUCGCCCGCCAAGAUCAAGAAACCCGAUGCCAAGAAGCAAUCCACUCUGAACAAAUACAUUGUGGCUGAUGAGGCGACGGCUGCAAAAUCCAAGGCAAAGGCCAAGUCCGAUGCCAAAUCGCUGGCGGAGGAAAUGGAGCGUGUGAGGCUGGAAAAGGAGGCGAAACUGAUUGAAAGUGAGCGCCAAAAGGCGGAAAAGAAGGCCCAGCUGAUGGAGCGCGUGGAGAACGAAUGCAAUUUACUGCUGCAGAAGACCGACGAUCUGGAGCGAACCGAUCAGAAAGUGCUGCCCCGCUACACGCAAAUAGUCACCAUCCUGCCCGAGCGUCUUCUAGGCGAUGCCUUUAUGAUGCGCGAGUUUAUGCACACUUACGCAGGCCUACUGUCUGGCAUUGAAGUGUUCCGCCAGAAUCUCACUUUUUACGAAAUGACCCGAGCGCUAAGUGCCCGCGAGAUAGCGGGCCCACUGUCGGACAUUCUUCUCGUGCUCCUCGGCACAGUUUUCGAUCUGCAGAAGGAGGAAGAGGAGGAGUGUGCGGUGACCUACCUCGACAGGGCGGCGCAAACACACGAGCCCUUUUGGAGUAUGGCGCAAGCCGCCAAAAGCCACUUCUACGCCAAGAGGCACUUUUCCUUCAAGGUUAACGAACUCCCGCUGGAUGCACUGACUCUGAGUGAAGUGCUGCGGCUGCAUCUACUUGGAUCCGGAGCUAUUGUAAACGAGAAGUUGGAGCGAUGGAGAGUGAUGUACCGGAACGGCUACUCCUCGAAAGAGGAUCCCGGCUUGGAGCUGCGCCUACAACACCCACACAUUCUGCGCGCUCUGAAAAACCAUUCCGUGUAUCAGCUAAAGUUCAGGGAUAUAAUGCAAUUGGUCCGCUGCCUGAUGUCGCAAAUUCUCACCUACUCGGGCACCAUUAAUGUGAUCGAGGAGCGCAUGGAGCAGACAGCGAAGGCCAAGCAGGAACUGCGAGCACUAGUUAUCGGAGAGAAUAAACGACUGGCCGCCGUGGAGAUCAACAGAAAAAAGCUCACCCACACGCACCACCUCGAGGUCAGUGCGGCUGAGCCAGAAAAAAGAGAGACGUUGGUGGAAAAGUUAAACAAGAGCAUUGCAGAGCUGCACGCCCAAUCGGAUCACCAACAUCGCAAGCACGAGCAGCAGAUGCUUAAGCUGCACUCACAACUGUUCAAUUUCUUGGUAUACCUCGGCAUGGAUAGAUGCUAUAGAAAGUACUACGUCUUGGAGUCCAUGCCGGGAAUCUUUGUUGAGCACUCGCCGGACAGCCUGGACACUUGUUUGGCGCAGCCGCCUGAGAACAAGUCGCAACUUGAGAUUCGUCAACAAGCCUCGUUGCCCAGGAGUCGCAAGGACUUGAGGGUAUAUCUUCUCAAACUCUAUGGAGACGAUGACAAGAAGACCAGGAGGAGGGUCAAGCAAUCGCUGGAGAACAAGGAGAACCAGGAGCAUCGUCUAAACGGCAGUGCCGAGCCCAUAGAGGUGGAGCCCGAUCCUCCGGAGGCCCCCACUCAGUUCGAGUUGAUGAUGUGCAGCGGUGACAAGCGAAAUUGUAUUGUGCACGAUCCCAGAAACGGGCAACGGCAGCGUUGGUCCUACAUCUACAAAGCGGAGGAGAUCGAGGAGCUGAUUAGGGCACUGAAUCCAAAUGGUCAUCGAGAAUUCGAGCUACUUCAAGAACUUUCCGUUCUGAGAUCCCUCAUCGAGCAGCAUGUAAAGACCUGCCCGGUCGACGUGCUCACCCUGGAAAACGAACCACAGCGCAAAAAGUUUCUUGCAACGAUGGAAUCAGAAACUCACCGCAAGUACGGUGAUGCCAACUUUGGACUGCCAAACGGAACCGAUUUGAACGAAGUAUUGCGCCUGCAUUUGGUGGACCGCAUCAUACAAUUCGAAAGGGAUAUUUUCACGGGCGAUCUCGGCCGUCUUAAGGUCAAGGACAUGGAAAAGUGGCGAAAUGAUCUGCUCGCAGGCAGAUACGAUGCGCAGGGGAAGUUGCAAUGGGGUCCAGGUGGCAAACUUGAAGACGAGGUAUCCAACGGUUCCGACAACGAAUCCCAUGACACUCACGAGGAGGAUGAGGGCGCUCUGUGGGGCAAAUUUGCCAAAAAGCCGUACCGUGAUCCCGGUCUAUAUUUGGCGCCUUCUAUAGACACAGACCCGUCGUCGGCUCUGACACCAGACAGCGACGAUGAGGAGACUCAACCUGCAGCCAACGCUGUCUCCAUUCCAAUCGCCGUGCACAACAUGGCCUCGUCUCUUCUCCAGGUAGAGCAGGCCAUUGGCAAGCGGUUCCUCAAGGAACCCUACGGCAUGAAGAAGUGGGACCCCAAACAGGAGGCUCUAAGACAAGCCUGCGACGCGCGUCUGCAGCAGUGGGAGGUGUCGCUUAUGGAAAGCACUAGCUUUGCGCAGGUGUUCCUGCACCUAAACAUCCUGCACGACUGCAUCCAGUGGAGGCGCUCAACCAAUAAGUCCUUGUGCAAGGUCUGUCGGCGAGGCAGCGACCCGGAAAAAAUGCUGCUUUGCGACGAGUGCAACGCCGGAACCCACAUGUUCUGCCUAAAGCCCAAGCUGAGGUCGGUGCCACAGGGCAACUGGUAUUGCAAUGAUUGUGUUAAGAGUCUGGGUCUGAAUAGUGCUCAAAACGACAAGGAUAAGAAGCAGGCAGCGAAGAAAAAGCGCAAGUUUAUUGUAGAAGAAGAGGAGGAUGAGCCCACAGAAGAGGAAGAGGAAGAGGAGGAAGUCGAUGAGGAGGAGGAGGAGGAAGUGGACGAAGAUGAGGAGGACGAUAAGUCGGAUGAAGAUAAGGAGUACGAAGCACAAGCGGAUGACAUCAGCAUGGCCUCCACUCGCUCCUCUGUGAAGGUCAACGGGCGACCUUCCAGACAAUCCCGCAUACGACCCGCGGGCAAGUGGCUCAGAUCCAAAGAAAUAAAGGAGGCCGCCGAGGAUGAAUCCGAAAGUGUGGAAACUAGCGAUGAAGCUUCCCUCACAGCUGAUGAAGAUGCGGUCGAAGAAAAGUCCCAUGAUGAGAAGGUCUGCAACAAGUGUUUCUACGAAGGCAGCGAUAUUAAGUGCGUGGUCUGCCUCUCAAGCUACCACCUGGAGUGCGUCAAUCUCAAGCGACCGCCGCGCACGGAGUUCGUGUGCAAGGCGUGCAGGCCCGAUCCACAGCGACCCAGGCGUCGACACAGUAACAUGAAUGGCGACGAUGAAAACGAUGACGAUGAACCGCAGGCCAAGCGCUCCCGCUCCUCUCGCAACUCGGUACGCCUAUCCAUCGAUAAGUCUGCCCGACAGAGCAACGGCAAUAACAAUAAUAACAACAACAGCAGCACCAAUAACAACAAUCAUCGGAGGAGCGGUCGCAGGACGAACGAGAACCUGCCGUUGAACAGCUCCGCCUUGUAUGAUCUGCUUGAGCAGAUCAUGAAGCACAAGGCAUCUUGGCCGUUUUUACGACCUGUGCUAACGUCGGAGGUGCCCGACUACCAUCAGAUCAUCAAGACGCCCAUGGAUCUGGCUAAGAUUAAGUCCAAGCUGAACAUGGGCGCCUAUCAGCUGAACGAGGAGCUGCUGAGCGACAUCCAGUUGGUGUUCAGGAACUGCGAUCUUUACAACGUUGAGGGCAACGAAAUAUACGACGCUGGCUGCCAACUAGAGCGUUUCGUGAUCGAACGCUGCAAGGACAUGCAGCUACCAUUCAGGCCGAGCGACAUGAACGGAGAAAUCGGAGCAUGCUGAGGCGAGCGCUGAUCUCCGCCAACUAUCGUGUAAAUUAGUUACCCUACUCUUAGCCGUAGUUGAAACCAAUCUAGAUUUAAGCUACAACCAUUCAGUCUUAAGUACGCUUAAAGAUGUUCGUUCUCUAUGUUUAGUAUUCGCAUUUACGUGCAUAUCAGUUCAAAGUUCAACGCACAAGCACGAAAAUUCUUACCUGUUGGUUUAUGAGACAUUAUGUACUUUUUAAAUUAUUGUAGACAUUACGAAAAUUCCACAAUCAAUAAAUGAAGUGAAAGAAUACAAUCAACGAAAAUUAAAUAAA